AUGUCUUUCGCUUCUAUUUAUGUACCGAUCCUUCUGCUGUUAACCCUCGCCAACGCCGCACCGUUUGCGCUUCAAAAGAGAGCCAUUUCCCAAGAUUUGUUCAACCAACUGUCGUUCUUUGAACAAUACUCGGCAGCUGCAUAUUGUCCGAACAAUAACGUGGCCUCUUCCACCUCCAAUAUUACGUGCGCAGCCGGGAACUGCCCCCUUGUUCAAACCGCCGGGGCAGAGUCACUACUUGAAUUUCAAAAUGAAGGGCUUGCGGACUCAACUGGAUUCGUUGCCGUCGACCACACAAACCAAAUGAUAGUAAUGUCCUUUCGAGGCACUACAUCAUUCGGAAACAUUCUCGCAGACAUCAAUUUGGUGAUGGUCCCUUGGGACGUGUGCGACUUGUGCACUGCACACUCUGGCUUCCUCGACUCCUGGCAGACUGUCAAGCCACAGAUUCAGGGAGUGCUCGCCAGCGCCAAAGCUAGCUAUCCCUCGUACAAAAUUAUUGCUACGGGCCAUAGCCUCGGCGGUGCAGUAGCGACGCUGGCUGCUGCUGACCUGAGAGGGUCAGGCUACAGCAUUGCUUUGUACACAUACGGUUCUCCGAUGGUUGGGAACUACUUUCUGGCGACAUUUAUCACGAACCAGUCGGGUGGCAACUACCGCGUGACCCACGCCCAGGACCUCGUCCCCAAGCUGCCAGGCUACCCAAUCUUCGCGCACGUUUCGCCCGAAUACUGGAUCACGUCACCCACCAACGCAGCCGUGACGGUGAAUGACAUCCAGGAGAGCUCCGGCGUGAUUGACUUGCAGGGCAACCAGGGACAACUUGACAGUAGUAUUGAGGACCAUGGUUGGUAUUUCAAUAGCAUUGCAGCCUGUUCGCCGGGACUGGGGUCGGAGUUGGUCAGGUAA